UCAAUUCAAACAUGAACAAUCCUAUUCCAAAAUCGUGUUUCAUCUUCCUGUCUCUCCUCGCACUAAGUCUAAGUGUAACGCACGGCAGAAGCACGAGGCUCGAGCCAUGCAAAAGAAUCGUGCUAUACUACCACGACAUACUCUUCAACGGCACCGACGCCGCCAACGCGACGUCAGUGAACAUCACCAGCCCGUCGGCCAUCAGCAAAUUCGAAUUUGGCAUGAUGGUGGUCUUCGACGACCCGAUGACAGAGGACGGACGCCUCCUCUCGCCGGCGGUGGCACGAGCUCAGGGGUUCUACGUGUACGACAAAAAGGAUGGUUACAGUGCAUGGUUUGCUUACACUCUGCUUUUCAAUUCCACCGACUAUAAAGGGACCCUCAACGUCAUCGGCUCCGAUCCCUUUCCCCAGGAAACCAGGGAUUUGUCCGUCGUCGGCGGCACCGGUGAUUUCUUCAUGGCACGUGGGAUUGUUACUUUUCAGACCGAUGAUGCGCAGGGCGACUUUUAUUUUAGGUUGAAAAUGGAUAUUAAGUUGUAUGAGUGUUACAAGAUAUAGCUACACUUAUGGAUUUUCACCUAAUUAGAUACA